AGCGAGUUAAACAGAGAGGAACAGACGUGGAUGAUUAAUGACUCCCACUAAGUUUGAAAGCACUUUAGGUUAAAUCUCGAACAAAAAGAAUCGUUUUGAACAGUUAAAUGUAUUUUAAAUAUCACAAUUAUCCUUGUAAAUAAACAAAAGUCCGUAAAGAUGGCUUACAAAGCGAAGCUUAAGGAGUUUGACCUCGUUUUGGAACAAGAUAUUAUUAAGCUUGAAGCUCUAAAGAAGAUCUCAUUCCACGGAAUUCCUGAUGAUCAAAGUAAGAGAGCCCUAUGCUGGAGACUGCUGUUAAAUUACCUGCCCGAAGAAAAAGCUUUAUGGAACUCUGUAUUGACAGAAAAACGAAACUUAUACAAACAAUUUAUAGAGGAAAUGAUUGUAAUGCCAGGUGAGAAUGAGGGCAAUGGAGACGUAACUGCCGGUGAUCAUCCUUUAAGUAUUAACCCGGAGAGUCAAUGGUCCACCUUUUUUCGAGAUAAUGAAGUUUUGCUUCAAAUAGAUAAAGAUGUUCGCAGGCUGUGCCCAGACAUAUCAUUCUUCCAACAACCAACAGAAUUUCCCUGUGAAGAAAUAGUGAAUAGUUGCGAUAUGAAAAGACUGCAUACGCGAGUGCAAAGAAGCGUUAUGAACUGCGCUAAUGUGGAACGACGCGGAUUAGGUAUAACUAAAAUAGGCAUUCCUGGUAAAAAAAUGUCGGAAGAUUACGCCCCGAUGGAAGAAGGAAAAGAGGCUCACUGGGAGGUAGUUGAAAGAAUACUGUUCCUAUACGCUAAGUUAAAUCCUGGCCAGGGAUACGUUCAAGGAAUGAACGAGAUUAUUGGGCCAAUAUAUCACGCCUUUGCUUCCGAUCCUGAUAUUAAAUUUAGAGAAUUUGCGGAAGCCGAUAGCUUUUUUUGCUUCACAAAUCUCAUGUCCGAAAUUAGAGACUUUUUCAUAAAAAGCCUGGAUGAAUCUGUUCAUGGAAUCAACACGAUGAUGAACACACUACUACAUCGGUUGAAAAACAGUGACCUCGAUGUAUGGCUAAAGUUUCAACAGCAGGAUUUAAAACCACAGUAUUACAGUUUUAGAUGGAUCACAUUGUUAUUAUCUCAGGAAUUUCCCCUACCAGAUGUUUUGCGGAUAUGGGAUACAUUGUUUUCAGACGAAAACCGUUUCGAUUUCCUUAUCUACGUAUGCUGCGCCAUGAUUAUAAUUUUACGAAACCAAUUACUGGAAGGUGACUUUUCCUCCAAUAUUAAACUGCUACAGAAUUUUCCACCCAUGGAUGUUCAAGUAAUCCUUACAAAGGCCGUAGAGUUGUCCAAACUGAAACUCUUUUGAUAUGGGCACAGUGUUCGUGGUAAAACA